AUGAGGAUACCACACACGAUAAGUUUAAAUUAUUUUAAAGAAUAUACGCCGUCGGAAGUUGCCGCCAAUUUGAUAACGGAUUCGAAAAGAAAAAUCAAAUCGGAAAAUGUUACGUGGGACGAAUUCCUGCCUCCGUCAUUAAAGGAAUUAUGCGUGAAAGUAAUCGUUGAUAAUUUCGAAAACAGAAUAUUGUUGAAAGAAUUACCCCUUUGGGAUCGUAAUUUCCUUUUGGAAAUAUUACCAACGGAUCUUCCUCUUCCCCUCGUCGUGACUCACAUAGACAAUGGGAUUUAUUGGAAAAGAAAAGUACAGGAUAGAUGGAAAAACGAAUCGAAUUAUUGUUUCGAUCUUGAAAACGCUUUGACGCUGUGUAGAAUGACGAAAGAGUACGUUCAGAAAUUAAACAUAAGAGAAUUGAAAGCGUCGCACGUUGAUAACGACGUGGAUUUAGAAGAUGAAGACGUGGAACUUUUUUUAAGCGAAAAACCCGUUAAUUGCAGUCACAUUGAUCUCUCGCCGAUGAUAUCCGAAUUUUCUAAUUUAACCGAACUCGAAGUUAAUUUCGGAAUGAGAAACAUCGGUGAUAAUUACAAGGAACAUUAUUUUAAAUUAUCCAUUGAGGAUUGCGAGAAUUUAGGUAAAGGGAUAUCGUUGUCGGAUAAAUUGAAAUCGUUAAAAGUUCAAAGUUGCAAUUUGGACGACGAAAGAUUGAAAGCACUUUUAACGAAAAUGGAUGAAAAUAAUUCGAUAGAAUCGAUCGAUGUAUCGAAUUGUUUGAUAACGGAUUCGGGAGCGGAAUCAAUGGCGAAAUACAUGAAAAAUCACGAAAAUUUAAAAAUUUUAAAUUUAUCAAAUAAUAGAAUAGAAGAAAAUGGCGUUUCACUACUCGCUUACAUGAUUGCUCGUCCGGACACGAGCCGAUUGGAACAUUUAAAUAUAAAAUUCAAUCCGUUCGGAGAUCAGGGACUCAAAUAUUUGGCAUCGGCUUUGGUACGGGAAAAUCCGACGAUAAAAAUCUUGAACGUUUCCUGUUGUUCUCUCGGUUCCGAAUCCGGGAUAUACAUGGGAGAAGUUUUGAACAGAAACGAAAUACUCACGGAUUUGGACAUGAGUAAUAAUUAUUUGGGAAACGAUGGAGGUACGGCGUUGGAAUCGGGAGUGGAAAAUAGCAAAACGAUACAGUUUUUGGAUUUGAGAGAAAAUGGCAUUUCCGACGAUACGUUGACUCGGAUAAACGACAGACUUUUUUUCAACAGGAUAAGGAGUCGUAAGGGUGAGAAGGGAGUCGUUCGCGAAUUGAAAUUGAUAGCGAAAAGAGAAAUGGAGGAGAAAUUAAGAUUGGAAAAAUUAGCAGAAGAAGAAGCGAGAGCUGCCGAAGAGGAAGCCGCACGAAUUGCUGCCGAAGCGGCCAGAGCAUUAAGAGAAGCACCGGAAGUACUGGAAGAUUAA